AUGGUGCAAUUGUUCUACUACGAGACCUUGGGUAGGCGUUGUGAUAAGCUGAUACAAAUCAACGGAAGGGAGAUGCCACUUGAACUCUACGCCUUUGAGAGUGUUCCUGCUACAAAUGUCUGCAAUCGAUGGGAGCUCAGAUUUCCUUGGUUCACCUACCGAUACUGUUCCGUUGUCAAAAUAUGUGGAUCUAACCGGCGAUACGUAACGCGAGCCAGAGCAAUGUGCACUAAACACGAUGGAGCCCUCUUCGUGACGGGAAAGUUCAAAAAUGACGAGGAAGGGCGCGCAGGUAAACCCCAUUUUUGCAUCUUCCUGACAAGUAAUGUUACGCAGUCAGAUUUUCAUGCUGGCUAUAUCCUCACUGGAACUCUUCAACGUGGGGACCGACGGAAGAAUGACUGGGAAACCACGCACUUUGCUAUGGUUCGCCGGAAAGGUUACUAA